AUGAGUCCAGCCCCUGGGCAGCCGCUGGGAGUCUUUGCGGACUGGCAAGUAUUGGGCAAAGAGUCUUGGAGAGCAAAGGACCCCCCCCCUCGAGUUCAAAUCCGAGCUCGAAUCGAAAACACAAUCCUCGGCGAGAAGUUGAUAACGACUGUUUCCGGUUCUGAAACUGCUGAAGAUAUGGUUAAGGACAAGCGGGAGCUUGUGAGGGAUCUGUAUGACAAGUUUCGGGAGGCUCCCCAGGUACAUAGUCUAGCGCUACCACUCGCGAAGGAUUGUUUUUGUUCGUUCUUUGAGUAUCCUCAAUCCUGGUUGUUAUACACGGUGGCGUAUGUGAAGUUUCUGAGUCCGGGUACUGAUCCAGAUCGGGUUUCGGGUGCUGUUCAGCGGCGUUUGGAUGAGACGGCUCUCUAA